CACAUAAUCUUCAAUUCAGAAGUAAAGUGUAGUGUAGAUUCAUAAUUCAUAUUAUUCAUUUUCAUGAUGAGGGAAAAAUGGUGGUUACUAAAGGUUAACAAUAAUAUUAUCUUAUUAUCAUAGUUGUUCUGAAAUGUGAGCUUGUGAAUGUUAUUUAGAAAAAUUUUUAGUUUGUAAACGAAUUGGAUUUGCUCUUUAUGAAAUCUAUGUGGAAUAUUGUUUAGCAGUGGGGUAAGGCAGCUCAAAAUGGAUAUGGCAGUGUUGGACGAAGACAGAAGACGACGUCUUCGUCUUCUGGAAGAGAAGAUAAUGGAUCCUCGGAGUGUUUCAAAUGUUGAUUGUCUACUGGAUACUGUCCAAGCAUUGGUGUCAGACUGCGAUCAUCCGGCAGUAAAGAGAAUGAAGAAUGUAGAAGUGUAUUUACAAAGAUAUAAUGACAUAGCUUCUCAUAUCACUGGUCUUCGUAUGAAAACUGACGAUUUCACGCAAAUCAAAGUGAUCGGUCGAGGGGCUUUCGGAGAAGUGCAGCUGGUGAGGAAUAAGUCUACUCAGCGGGUUUUUGCCAUGAAGUUACUAAGUAAAUUUGAAAUGAUCAAACGUUCCGACUCAGCGUUUUUCUGGGAGGAGCGAGACAUCAUGGCUUACGCAAAUUCCGAGUGGAUUGUUCAGCUGCACUUCGCAUUUCAAGAUCAGAAAUACCUCUACAUGGUCAUGGAUUAUAUGCCAGGUGGUGAUCUCGUUAACCUAAUGUCGAACUAUGAUGUACCUGAAAAGUGGGCCAGGUUCUAUUGUGCGGAAGUUGUUCUAGCUCUUGAUGCUAUUCAUUCAAUGGGCUUUGUUCACAGGGACGUCAAACCAGACAACAUGCUUCUAGGAAAAGAUGGUCAUUUGAAACUGGCUGACUUUGGCACAUGUAUGAGAAUGGAUUCGGAUGGCCUUGUGAGAUCUGAUACAGCUGUUGGUACCCCUGACUACAUCUCUCCAGAAGUUUUGCAGUCACAAGGCGGAGAGGGAGAAUAUGGUAGAGAAUGCGACUGGUGGAGUGUGGGAGUGUUUUUGUAUGAAAUGCUGGUGGGGGACACGCCCUUCUAUGCUGACUCUCUGGUCGGCACCUACAGCAAAAUCAUGGACCACAGGAACUCGCUCCAGUUUCCUUCCGACAUCGAAAUCAGUCACAAUGCCAAAAGCUUGAUCUGUGGAUUCCUAACGGACAGAACUGUACGUUUGGGACGGAAUAAUGUGGACGAAAUCAAGAAGCAUUUAUUUUUCCAAAACGAUCAAUGGACUUUUGAUAACCUGAGGGAUAGUGCUCCUCCCGUUGUACCUGAACUUAGUGGCGAUGACGAUACAAGUCAUUUCGAUUACCUUGAAAAAGAUGAAACACCUGAAGAAAACUUUCCCAUACCCAAAGCCUUUGCAGGCAACCACCUACCUUUCGUUGGCUUUACUUAUUCCAGAGAUUAUCAGUUACUUAGCGCUUCAAAAGAAAAAAAGAAUAACCUAAUUAUAGAUACGGUGGAUAUGAAGGAUGGGUACGCGGCGGACAGAGAGAUGGAGCGUCAGCUAGACCGGUACCGUCAGGACGUGACGUCACUGGAGGAGAAGCAGCGUGUGUUGGUGACGCAACUGGACGCUGUCACAAAGAGAGAGAACGAAAUCAGGGAAGAGGCGUCCCGGCUGGAGAAGAGUGUUACUGUGCUGCAGCACGACUUCAAGGAGACUCAGCGAAAAUGGGAGAAUGAAACUGAUCUGAGGCGAAAAGCAGAAACGCAUCUGAACGAGUUGCGGCGAAAACUAGAAGAUGAACAAAAUAGGCGGACCAGGGAAAUGAAUAACAAUCAGCAUGUCAACGAUAAAAUUUCCUUACUAGAGAAACAGAUCAACGAGAUGCAGGAGAAGCUGAAAUGCGAGUCGGAGGCGGGCAUUCGGUGGCGCAAACAGGCGGCCGAGUUGACGGUGGCCAAGUCGGCCGGCGAGCAGAUGGCUGCCGAGCUGCAGUCGCUUGUCGCCGCGCUACAGUCGCAGCGCGACCAGCUGCAGCAGGAUGUCGCCUCGCUGCAGGGCCAUCUGUCGCAGGAGAAGAGCUCGCGCACGCACAUCUCCGAUCUGCACAAGGAGCUUGAGGGGCGCCUACACACCAUCCUGUCGGAGCUGGAAAGAGCCGCCUCGCGCGAGGAGAAGAUGACAGACGACAACCGGUUGCUCGGCGAGAAAGUGUCGAGUCUGGAGAAGGAGUGCGCAUCGCUUGCCCUGGAGUUGAAGGCUGCGCAGAACCGCUACCAACAGGAGGUGCGUGCGCAUGAGGAGACCGAGAAGAGUCGGCUAGUCAGCAAGGAGGAGGCUAAUCUAGAGGUGGUCAAAGCUCUACAAGCAAAACUGAACGAAGAGAAAUGUGCGAGGCAGAAGGCAGACCUGUCGUCGCAGGAGAAAGAGAGACAGAUGUCGAUGUUGUCCGUCGACUACAAGCAAAUCCAGCAGAGGUUGCAAAAACUCGAAGGAGAGCACCGGCAGGAGGUUGAAAAGUCGAAGACGCUGCAGGCACAGGUGGACCAGGAGCAGGCGAAGAAGUGUUCGCUGUCCUCUGAACUGGGUCUGGCCAACUCGGAGGUGGCGCACCUACGCGCGCGCGAACUGCAACUGACUCGCGAGGUGCAACAGUUGCGCGAGGCCAAGCGAGUCAUCGAGGACGAGAUGCAUCGACUCAAGACACAGCACUCGGUCGACGACCUCCAGAUGAAGGAGCUGCACGAUCAGCUGGAGACUGAGCAGCAUUUCUCUUCGUUGUACAAGACCCAAGCCGAGGAGCUGAAGGAGGAGGCCGAGGAGACGGUCGGCGACCUCGAAAAGGAGAAGACCAUCAAGGAGUUGGAGCUCAAAGACUUGCAUGCCCGCCACAGAGCUGACAUGGCGGCCUUGGACUCCAAUUUGGUUAAGUUGAAGGAGAGAGAGACUGAAAACAAGAAGACCAUCGAUCAACUAAUGAAAGACAAAGAGGACCUAAGUCACCAAAUGAAAUUGAUGCAAGAAGAUGUGCGAUCAGCGGCCGGCUCUGUGGAGGAACUGGAGCGCCUGCGCAAACAGCUGAAGCAGGAGCAGAUGCUGAAGGCGCAGGCUGUCAACAAGCUGGCCGAGAUCAUGAACCGCAAGGACGUUAACGCAGCCGCUAGUGGCAAGGGCAAGAGCAAGGUGUCCUCGGCCGAUCUGCGCCGCAAGGAGAAGGAGUGCCGCAAGCUGCAGCAGGAAUUGACGCAGGAGCGCGAGAAGUACGGCCAGCAGGUGGUCAAGUGGCAGAAGGAGGUGCAAGAGCUGCAGGCGCUGGUGGUGGAGGAGAGCGGCGGUCGGCAGCGGCUGCAGAUGGAGAUCGACAGCAAGGACUCGGAGAUCGAGCAGCUGCAGGUGAGGCUGGCAACGGCCACCAGCAGCGCCGAGACAGCGUCGCUCAGCAGCGCCGACAACGAGAACGACACCGAACUCUAUGCGCAAGAUUCAAGACUGGAAGGCUGGUUGUCAGUGCCUAGUAAACAGAAUAUCAGACGACACGGCUGGAAAAAGCAGUAUGUCGUAGUGUCUUCCAAGAAGAUCAUCUUCUACAACUCUGAGAACGAUAAACAGAAUACCGAUCCUGUCUUAAUUUUGGAUCUCAACAAAGUGUUCCAUGUACGUCCCGUAACACAGGGCGAUGUUAUUAGAGCUGAUGCCAAAGAUAUUCCCAGGAUAUUUCAGCUUCUGUAUGCGGGUGAAGGCGAGGUGCGCCGGCCCGAAGAUGGGGGCGGCAGCAUUCAGGAGCUGGUGGGGCGGGGAGGAGGGGGCGGUGGUGACGAGAAGCCAUGUACGGUGGCGCUGAAGGGCCACGAGUUCAUUCAGAUCUCCUUCCACAUGCCCACCAACUGUGAGGUCUGCACCAAGCCGCUCUGGCACAUGUUUCGGCCGCCGCCCGCCCUAGAGUGUCGUCGUUGUCGCAUAAAAGUGCAUAAAGAGCACUCGGAGCGCAAAGAUGAGCCGAUUGCGCCGUGCAAACUGCACGACGACCCGAACACGGCCAAGGAGCUACUAGUUCUGGCUCUUUCGCCCGACGACCAGAAGCUGUGGGUGCAGCGACUCAGUCGCAAGAUACACAAGUGCGGCUACAAGGCCAACUCCACCUCGCACGACGGUGCUAAAGUUUCCCCAAGAGAAUCGACCAGAUCAUCUCUGAAGCCGUACAUUUCCGUACAACAGAGAUCAGCCACGUUACCUGCCAACUCGUCCUCAAAGUGAAGCUGAACAGCCGCUCUGAUGAGUACCCUUUGUAGAAAAACAUUUCUGUUGUAACCAAAAACCGUCGGUCCUUUCUACUCUUUAACCACCACCCCCUUCUCUUCCUCCUCCUGCCACACCUCUUCCCCUUCCACCACCACCUCCUCCACCACAACUUCCGCCUCCUCCCCCUCCUACUCCUCCUCCUUCUCCUCCCCUUCCCCCCACAACACUUCUCCAAUCUGUUACCAGUUGUAAAACAUUGAAAUGAGCAGAACACUACUUCUGUAGAAAAAAGGCUUUAGUUACAGUGUAAAUCGUGAAGGUGUUUAAUGUAAAUUGGUGUGUAGUCAUUGUACGAAAAUAUCAAUCGUAAAUUUGCCUGACGUUUCCAAAAAUAUGUAAAAAUAAGUCUGAUACAAUCAUCAAUUUUUUCACAUCAAUCUUGAUGUAGGUUGGUUGUAGUCGUUGUUCGAGAAUAUCAAUCCGUGUCAGACAAUCCAAAAACUUAUGAUAUUGCAUUUAAUGUUGUCGCCUCAAUGUGUAUUAGUUUCUUGGAAAUUCACAAAAGUAUGUCAUUUUAAUUGUUUAACUAUGUUGUCUUUAUAUUGAUUGAGGUUGUGAUUGCUGAAAGCUGCAUUAAUUCAUUGUAUAGAAACCAUUUAUUGUUGUUAACAUUGUAUGUUUUAACCAAAUCCACUUACUUUUAAGUCUAUUAAAUGUAUAAUUUAUGUAUGCAUUUCAAAUUAUUUAUUUUUCUAUUACGAUAUAGCUUUGGCCCCGAACUUAUCUGUUGAUUGGGCUUAAUGUUAAUCCUUAUUUAGUAGUAUGCCAAUAUUCAAGGCGCAAGAACGUUAUCAUGAAGGCUGUUCAAAUUUUCUGGUUUAAACAAUUUGAUCGGUCUGUUGGAUGUCAUUUCACAAUAAUUUUUGAACGAAAAAUUGAAAUGUUUUGUACAUGUGUGUCUGCAUUCCCAUUGUUUUAGUGUAUAUAAAUUGUUGCCUUGAAAAUUACUCAUUACGACUUGUAAAUUCUUUUAAAACAUGUUUUUUUUUUAUUCCAUCAAUAAUUUAAAACGUAUGCUUUGAACUGAUAUAAUCAUUCAUCAACCCUUAUUCAUUCCAUACUUCAUUCUUACAUAAUUCAUUUUCUCUGUCAGAAAAUUUGUCCCAAAUUAUAUCUUUUUCAACCCUUGUCAAAUAAAAUAAAGGAUGUGUAAAUAAAUAAUCAUAGAUAAUAUGAGUGAUAAUCAUUAUCAAUAAUAUUGUUCUUAUACAAUAAUCACUUUAAAUAUUCGGCGGUUUUAUAUUUAACUCCUCUACUUACCUCAAUAAAAUAUAAGUAAAUGAAAACGUUUCAAUAAUGAAAUUAUCAAUAAAUCCUAGUAAAUAAAAUGAAUAAUUACAACUGUAAUCACAUCAUAUAUUCGACUUUUAUCUUUACAAUUACAUGCAUAAAUUAAAAAAAUUAUUAGACAAAAACCUAAUGAUAUUUAUAUCAAUAUAAUGAUUCCAAGCUGUUUCCUUUUAUGUUUCCAUAAAUUGAAAAAUUAUUAGACAAAAACCUAAUGAUAUUUAUAUCAAUAUAAUGAUUCUAAGCUGUUUCCUUUUGAGUAGGUUACUGUAAUAGUCUUAUAAAAUUUGUAGGAUAGUUAAAAAUUAAUAAAUUUGUAGAACACCAAACUAGAGUACUGACAUGAUUAAAGUGAUACAAAAUACAAACCUAGAACAUGAAUAAAGUUUAAAAACUUGUAACAACUUGCUCAAAUAUUUGGAAAAAUCGGGAAACUAAAAUAUUUCUGCAAAUUAUUUUCUCGCCUCUUUAAAAUUUAUCAACAGUUGUUAAUAUUUUGAGAUUCACGCUUUAUCUGAAGUUCCUUUGAUCGUCAUAAUCACAAUUUUAUUUCAUUAAAUAAAUAUUAAUCUAACAUUUUUUCAUCCAUUAUCACCUGAUGUUUUGGAAUCCACCUAAAACCAUUGAUCCACUGGAAGUUCACAGGGGAUGAAACUACCCUUGAAGGUCAUUUCAUUCAUUUAUGAAAUCACCCUCGUAAUUCAAUUUUUCUCCCACUUUCAAUCGGAUAUUUCUAGGAUAUUUUACCCGGUAUCCAAGAUUUGUAAUAACGUUUAUCAAUUUGAAUACCACGGUAUUACUCUAUUCAAUAGGAUAUUUAAGUAAAUCAUGGUCUAUUUUUAUUUUUUCCCCAAUAUACUCACUAAUACUCCAUGUAUUUUGAUGAAAAACGUUCCCAAAACAAGCAUUCCAAUAAAAUUGGAAACUCUUGUUCAAAUUGCCUAUAAAUAAAAUAAAAUCUCAAGAUACCUCAAGAUAUUUUUUUAGUAUCAGUCCAUGAUUCAUGAAGGCAGUUGUACAAUUUCUAGUCCUCAGGUAUAAUAAUAAUAUUAAGGCCAGUAUCUAGAAAGUACUGUUGAAACUGAUUACUGAGGAAUAUUUCAUAUUUUGUUUGAAAUUAUUGGGUUAUCAGAAAUAGUGAGAUUAACUUUGAACUGUUGGUAUUCUUAUAAAUAACAUCAAUUCUUCCUAUAUUCAUCCAAUCCUGACAAUGUUCAAAGUGGAUAUCACUAAAGAUUCUUUCAAUGAAAUAAGGGUUGUCAAAUAUCCUUUUGAAAUAAAUAAAAGUUGUCAAGUAUCCUUUUGAAAUGUUUAUUAAUUCACCGCAUUUCAAAAGAGUACUUGAGAAUUUUUAUUUCAUUCCGACAAUAAUAUUGUAUUAGCCCUGUAUAGUGAAUACACUAUAGAUUCAUUUCAAAAUAAUCAAGUUUGUCACUAACUGAAGUGCUUUCAUUAAGGCUGCAUAGAGUUUUAUAUUAACUCUUCUAUAAUAGAAUCCAGUUCUCAUUACUGUAUAACAAACUGAUGAAGUAUAUUGUAAUAAUUUAUGACACGGUGCUCGAAACAUAAUUAAGUUUCCUUCUAUCCGAUUAAGAUCUUCCUUCAUUUUAGUUUGUGAUAUUCUCGAACUAAUUUGAUUUUUUAUUUUCCUUGCCCUAUUACCAUAGGUAAGGAAAGUAUUGCUUUCCAAAAAAAUUAAGGUACCAUAAUUUCAAGUUUUCUAUACGUUUCAAGGUCCCUUGAGUCCAAAAACAUGUUUAUUAUUAUUAUCACAUGGCAAUCCUUUUUUGUAACACUCUUGCAAUAUUUUGUGCAUUACUAUUUAUAUUAUUUUUUAAUUUCAACUCAAUUACAACGACUUUUGCAUUUAUUAGUUUUGAAUUUUAAUCGAUGGUUUCAUUGUCAAUUUUAAAUUUAAUUAUAAAUAUGAGCUUGUUCAGAAUUUUAGAGUUCUUCUAUCUCUCAUCUUCGAUCGAAGGAGAGCUGGAAGAUCUAGCUAGCAUUUUUCUCAGACUACUAUUUACUCAAAACAGACCAGUUAGAGUUUAUCUCUUGUUGAUUGAAAGAAAAAUACAAUUAUUUAAAUAAUAAUCCGAUAAGGACCUUUUGCACAGUCUUAAGCUGCGUUUACACCAAAGUUAUUAGCAAAAUGUUAAUAACUUAAUCUUUAUAGAUUCUAUUAGAUUGAACGGAACUUGACAAGCACAUAUGAUCAUCAUGUGUAUGAUAAGUUAUGUUCAAUCUAAUAGAAUCUAUAAGGAUUAAGUUAUUAACAUUUUGUUAAUAACUUUGGUGUAAACGCAGCUUAAGUUUAAACUGAAUCGGAUAAGCUGGUGAUUUAAACACAAAUUUUGAAACAUAAUAAUUGUGCAACAUGAACACAAAAAAAUAGCAUGAUUCAAUUCUCCAGCUGAUCAGAUUGUCCAGGGUUUUUAAUCGGCUAGAUUUUUGAAUGAUUAAAUUAAAAAUGCUGUUCUUUUCCUACGCUAUCCAAUCUUAUUCAACUCGAGACUGUUGUAUUGUAAAAUUUAAUUAUUGCUCACACUAUUUGUGAUAUAAGUGUAGAAAUUUUAAUACGAGAAAAUUUGUUUUGUGUAGGAAAAUGUAAUGACUGAAUAUUAUAACUCGGUGAUUUCUAAGCGCUGUAGAUCUGUAAAGCGUUAUUCUCAUAACUAUUAUAUCAGUAUCAGAGUACGUGUCCGGUUCAGUGAAAAGAUUGUUCCCAUGAAUUCUAAUGGACCUAUUCUCACUCAGCACAUACGAGCAAGUGUGAAUGGUCGCAUUAGAACUCGUGGGAAUAAUAUUUUCACUGAACGGAACACUGACUCUGAUACUGUUAUGUUAGAAUCUAGCUUUAUUGUAUCCUCUCCCAAGUAUAUUGAAACUUUCAAUUUUAACCUCUGUAGUUACACAGUAGUUAAUCAUUCACUACAGUAGCUAUCAUUUAUUGGGUUAAUGCCCUCCAUCAAUAAAGGCAUUGUAAAGACUAAGUAGUAUGAGUUGUGUCUUUAAGGGAUUCAAAAGUUGUAAACCAACCAACAAAUGAUUGUGAAUCGAUUAUAGAAUCGAUAUCAAUCGAAAGCUACAAACUAACUAAUGAUAGUGAAUCUAUAUAAAAUUGAUUACAUUAUUAUGUCACCAGCUUCAUAUUCAUCGACUGGAACAUUGCUAUUCUCUCUCCCAUAAUACGUUAGUAUAAAUUAGAGGAUUUUUCAAACUAAAUAAGUUUGAACCAAGGUACCUAGAAUAUAAUAUAUGUAUUAUAUUAUAAUAUAAUAUAAUACAAUGUAUUCUAGGUACAUUGGUUUGAGCUGAGGAUAAUUGUAAAACUUCUAUUUUCACCCUAUAAGUUCUGUAAUACUUCAUCUAUUAAUAAUUUCUAUACUGCUAAAUCACUAUCAUAGCAGUGAUUCGAUAUAAAAUUGAUUACAUUAUUAUGUCACAAGCUUUAUAUUAAUUGACUGGAAAAUUACUAUUCGUUUUCCUAUGAAACGGUAGUGUAAAAUUAGAGAUUUUUUCAAACUAACUAAAUAAAUUUGAACCAAGGUACCUAGAAUAUAAUAAUGUAUUCUAGGUACAUUGGUUUGAGCUGAGGAUAAUUGUAAAACUUCUAUUUUCACCCUAUAAGUUCUGUAAUACUUCAUCUAUUAAUACUUUCUAUUCUGCUUUGGGAGUUGAUCAGAUAUAAAUAAUGGGAAUUACUGCAAUGAGCUCUAUUUUAGUACUUAUCAAUAAUCUAAUGUUGGAUGUUUUGUUUUUGAUAGGCUAUCCAAUAAAAAUCUAAACUGAACCCAAUCUAUACUAGAAAAUUUGUUGUGUUCAAUCUAAAAAAGAAUUUUAACUUCUUGAUACAUCAUCACAAAAUGAUAUUUAAUUCACAAUCUUUCUAUGAUAUUAAUAUAAAAAAGCAAUUGGCUCAUGCAUAUAAGGGAUAGGAAAUGCACGAUUGACGCAUUAUCGUUUAUGAACUAAUGAUUUGCAUAACUUUAAGAAUCAAGAAUGUUUUAUUGACACAAAAAAAAAUAAUUGCAUUGACAAAAGUUACUUCAUAUGGAUACAGUAACAUUGAUACUUUCCACACGAGUACACGUUAUUAUAAUAACUUGCAAUUUUAUUGAUAAAUUGUAUUUAUAUCAUUGCUUUGUAUCAAUUAUUGUAUUGUUACAAAGAAGAUUCUGAAUUUAUCUAGGAUGGUUAGGAUGAUAGACUUAUUUUCAUUUGUAUUAAUAAAUUAAUUUCAAUUUAAUAACUAUUUACUACUUGAAGUUUACACAACAAUAAAAGCCCAACCAAAACAGAACUUUUGCAAAGUGAAACCGUUGCGUACCGGAAAUUGGUAGCGCGCGCGGUUCAUGAAUCAAAGGUUGUGGACUCGUGACCAAUCAAACUUUCCCUUUUUUGAUGAGAAUUUUUAACUCUGGUUAUCCACGUAAUUAUGAUAAAAUAAAUGAUUAUUCUAUUUUUAUGUUUCCUGGACAUAAGGAUCAUUUUUCCAGCACAAAAUUUUCCCUGGUGCAAAGCACGGAUUACCUGCUAAUUUAUAAUAAAACUAAUCUCUCAAAAUUAUCCAUGUAUCAUGUAAAUCUGACAGUUCUCUUAUGUUCCCUGGUUGUGAGAAUUGGUGCCAAAUUUUCCCAAUACUUUUAUCUCUCUUCUCCACUACAUAAUUCAUCUAAAUCUCAUUUUUCGUCCAAUAUUUGUGUGAUAUAUCACUCAAUAACACGUUGUAGUCUUUCAGUCAUUUACUGAAAGCUCUAGUCCUUUCUUCUAUAAUAUAAGGGAUCUGUAUUAAUCUAAUCAUCAGCAUAUUAUAUGUACAUUUGGAUAACUUCUAAACUUAGAUUAUAUAUUACAAAGUGAUCAUCUAUAACACUAAAGUUGACUUGUAAUGUUUGUAAUUAAGUAGUAUGCAUAGGCCUAAACAUAAACCUAUUUCGUUGUCUUUUUCUUUAGGGCUACUUUUAAUAUAAAUAAAAAUAUAAAUCUCAGUACCCUUUCAAAAUAUUUUUAUUUAUAUUUAAACCUAUUUUGUAUAUUAUCUGGUAAAUUAUACAAUAUUGGAAAUCUUUGUUGUAGACAUUUUCAUCCAGAAAUUAAAGAAAAAUACUUGGGCAUGAAGUGCUAAAAACAUUAUAUUGAUACAUUUUUCCGUUUUGAAAAUAGUAUUAAGUUCCUAAUAAAAUUGAUUAUUAUUCAUAUUGAGCUACUUGAAACAAAUAUGUCUAUCUUUAUAGGAUCGUUUUCUGUUGUUAUUAACGAAAAAUGAAUAUGAAUCAUAAAUUACUUUAUAAGUUUGGCAUUUAGGGUAAUAGAAGUGUCAUAAAUAAUGGUUUUGAAAAUGUGUUAUAUCUAUGCAUACUGUAAUAAGCCUGGUAAAGUCUCCUAAUCUUUCAGAUUAAUCAAUAAUAAUCAAUCAAUAAAUCACCUCCAUACUCUCAAAGCUCAAUACCAGAAAAUAGUGAAUCAUUGUUACUAGAUUAUAAAAAAAGCAAUAAUCUCUGCAAACUACUGUGGCCUUGAAAUAUUAAUGUUUUGUUAAGUUGAAAAUAUUUAUAUUAAUCAUUCAAUAGUUAAAAGCAUAUAAACAAUCAAUUGAUAAAUUUAGUCUACCAAUCAUAGUGUAGAUAAUUUGGAUAAACAUUGUGUGAAUGAUUGCUUGUGAAUGAAUGUAAGUUUGUAAAUUCCAGUCUGUAUGUGGAUUAGUUGAAUUUGGUAAUAAAACAAGUCAACAAGAAAGUAAAAAAA